AUAAGAAAAUACAAACCCUAAACCUCUCUCUCUUUCUCUGCUGUCUCCCCACUGCCGUGUGCAUCCCAGCCGCGGUUUCCCCUCUCCUUCUUCCUCCUCAUCUUCCUCUUCUGAGCAAGGAGACGCUCGGAGUCUCCCCUAUCCGACACUUAACGUAUCAUUGGCGCUUUCAUUGAGUUGAACCAUGGCCUCCACUUCUGUAACCACAGCCGACUUUCAAGAAUUCCAGCAGCAAAUUGAUCGGCAACUCCAUGACCACACCGCCACCAUGCAAAACCUACAUCAUCACAUGGAGCAACUUCACCAACGAUUUGAGGAGUUCCUGCGCCGUGUUGACAGACCUCCUGCAGCCGGUGGUGCGGGGCCUCGACUUCCUGGUGGUAACCCCCAUGACAACGUGCCUGUCAUGUCCAAACUCAAAUUAGAGAUGCCAAAGACGGACGGCUCGGAUCCAUUGGGUUGGUUAUUCAAAGCCCAAACAACAACAACAACAACAACCCAGUUGAAUCCCACUACAGUAGGGUCUGGGGAGGGUGUGUGUACGCAGACCUUGCCCCUACUCGGAAGUAGGGAGGCUGUUUCCAAGAGACCCCCGGCUCAACCUGCACAAAAAUAUGGUCGGUUAUUCAAAGCCCAUGAAUAUUUUAUCUUUUACGCCGUCCAAGAGGAGUCUCGCCUUCCGGCUAUUUCCAUGAUGCUCGAAGGACCGGCUCUUGAUUGGUUUCGGUGGCGCCACCGGAACAACCUCGUUACGACGUGGGGCGAUUUUGUCACCCAAUUCAAGCUUCGGUUUGACCCGCUCAGUUAUGUGGACUACUUUGCUAUUCUGUCCAAAAUUCAGCAAACGGGAUCCGUCUUGGAGUACCAACAGGCUUUUGAGAAAGUGUUAGUCAACGUCACCGGCGUGGCUGAAACUAAUUUGCAGUCCUUAUUCCAUGCCGGUCUCAAACCCCAUCUCCAACACGAGGUAAUGAUUCUCAAACCAGAUUCUCUUUCGGCUUCCUUUGCCUUGGCCUGGGAACUUGAGGUGAAACAUACCGCGUGGACGUCCGCCAUGCCGCACCGUUUUAACCGUGCCCCAGCCCAACAGACAACAACCCCUCUUUUGCCAACACCUGGGCCGAAGACACCUCUGCCUGGGACAAAACCUAUCGCCGGGCUGCCAAUCCGUCGCCUUUCCUACGCCGAACGCAAGGAACGCGAUGCCAAAGGGCUUUGUUAUAACUGUGACGAAAAGUGGGUCAAAGGCCACAAUUGCGGUCGGUUCUUAUUACUGUUGGAGGACGACGAGGGAGACGAGCCUGCUAUACCUGACUUCGACGACACCAUCUUGGCAGCGGAUGUCUCCUCCCUCAACAGUCUAGCCGGCGUGACUGCCCCUCGGUCGUUACGGCUAUCCGGCAUGAUUUCAACCGCGGUCGUGGACGUGCUAAUCGACGGAGGUAGCACCCACAACUUUAUUCAUCCGUCGGUGGUUGAAAAGUCUCAUUUACCGGUUCUGGAUGUGCCCGCGUUUCGGGUAUAUGUGGGCAACGACGCAUCCUUGGUUUGCACGCAGAAGUGUUCCAACGUCGAGCUCUUGUUACAAGGGUUUACCUUUCCAGUGGAUGUGUUUGUUCUUCCCAUUCAUGGUCCCGAUGUGGUUCUGGGUGUUCAAUGGUUGCAACUUCUGGGCUCCGUGACGCAUGAUUAUGCACAUUUGACAAUGGUUUUUUCCUGGAAGGGCAAGGAGUAGCCGAAUCACACCAGCCGGAAGUUUGGCCGCGGGAUCUGCCACCCGACAUCCAACGCGUGCUCCAGCGCUAUGCAUCGGUUUU